CUGUUGGUAGUUAGGCAGCUGCUGUCUGCUUGCUUGUUCUACUUUUCUCUUGAAAACCAACCUACCACCAUCAGCAGCCUGCUGUUUGUUGUUGUUUACAGUUAAACUGCUUGUCGAUAUAACAACCCUGUUGUUAGGCUUACUCAGAGAGGGGCGGCAGUCAGUUGUUGGUGGCUAGCUACACUCAGUACACAUCGAUUUACUGCAGUCUGACCUAAAUCGACCAUCACACAGAACGGUAAACAACGCACCACAAGCUCGAGAACAUUCGCUGAACGCAGUUUAAUACACAUGUACUCAAGUUGUGAUUUGGUUAGAACAUCUCAGCGCCCAGCUUCUCUUCUUCUGCUCAUAUAAAACCAAGCGAUAUUCUGUCUAAUGUCUCAUGUCUGCUCUUAUUUGAACAGUUUAGUCGUGGUUUAGCCGUUUUUUUCCCUCACUUCUCUGCACAGACUCGUGUAACAAUUUUCAUUUGAUAUAUUAAAACCAGUCGAAAGUUUUUGAUGUCGAAUCUCUCAGGUAAAUCUUAUUUCACAACUUGACACAACAAGCUAAGCUUAUUACUGUGUUAAUCGGAUUAAACAGUUUUUUUUUCUGGUUGGCAACGUGGCUGACGCACAACUGCAAAGAAGCUUUGUAUAGAGAGUCUCUGUUGUGACAUCCAAAAUGGCCGACCCUCCGUUCGUUGGAGACCUCAAUACAUCUGCUGUAGAUGGUGGUUUGUACCUCACAACAGCGUUGAACAACGAAGAAUUUGAAGGUUUAUUAACGAAAGACUCAAAGUCCAGUCAACAGGCUGAGAAAUACGCGGUGUUGAAAUUCCGUCACUAUCUGACCAAGCGAGGUGAACCAUUGUCUUUGGAGAAUUUGUCCUACCAUGUGACCAGCGGUGACAUGCCUGCCAAGGAGCGACUGCUUACCUACCUGACCACCUUCUUUAACGAUCUCAGACGGACUGAUGGCAGCAAAUAUAAAUUCAAUGCCCUCAGAAGUAUUCGUUACGCCUUAAAUCGCUUUACUUUGAAGUUUGGAGUUGAUUUUCUCAACGAUGCUUAUUUGAAAAAACCAUUAAAUGAUGCAUGGGUAGCGUUAGGCGAAUGCCUGAAGCUGGAAGGGAAAGCCGAUGUCCAGCAUCACGAUAUUCUAUCGUUGGAAGAAGUUAAGAAAGCAUAUGCCUGGUGUAAUCAAAAUCUUUCUGAUCCUGAUCGACUCCAAAAGAGAGUUUUUAUGGAUAUUUACCUCUACUUUGGACGCCAGUGCCGACAGAAUUUACCACACCUGACCAAAGAUAAUUUCGGCAUGGACGUCGAUGCCAACAACCAGCGUUAUGUUUACUUUAUCGACAAAACCGGCGACACAACCCGUAAAAGCAACACCCAGUUAGUGAUGAAAGAACGCGUGGGAUUUGCUAAUUGUCCCGUAAAGAUGUUCCUGAAAUAUGUUUCCAAAUUAGACCCUCAUUACCCGCGAUUCUUCUGUCAUCAAAAGCUAAACGUUGACCCGCUCUACCACACGGUUUGGUAUACAAAACAGCCGAUGGGCGAGAAGAGAAUGGCCGAGUUUAUGAAAUCCAUUUCGAACGACGCCGGUUUGUCUAAAGUUUACACAAACCAUUGUUUGCGUUCCACGCUGCUGUAUCUAAUGGAAGAAGGUGGGUUGGAUGCUAAGGAUGUCAGUCGAAUAACUUGUAGUCAAUCAUCUCACGAAGUAUCCAUACCCGAGGUCCCUUCACCAGCACAACGUCCCUUACAAACACCACACGCCGCCGCCGCCACUACAAACACGUGGCCCUCCUCACAUUCUGGCACCUCACUUCACUCUCGGAAUAAAAAAUCAUCUCAGGAAGAGAACAACUGUGAACUGUAUCCCGGUGUUAACAAUGUAGGUAAUACCUACUCCCUAAACUCGUUCAAUGGUAACGUCCAGGCAGAGAAACAAGCAGCAGAGAAAGACAUUGUGGAAACAGCGGCAGUGAACCCUAUGGAGUUCAAGCUGAGGCAGUCGGAAUUUAUGGAAGCCCAGAAGCAACAGGCUGAAUUUAUUGAAGCCCAGAAGCAACAGGCUGAGUUUAUGGAAGCUCAAAAGCAACAGGCUGAGUUUAUGGAAGCCCAGAAGCAACAGGCUGAGAAAUUAGCCGAGGAAAGGCAACAAAGACAGAACGAAAAUAAAGUAUAUAAAUAUAUGGUUUUGAAUCACGAGAAGAAAAUUCUGGAAACUCUUCGAACGCUUUGGAAAGGAAACCAGUUCUGUGAUGCAAUGUUGCAAAAUGAAUGCGUGUCCAUUCCAGUGCAUAAAAUCCUCCUCAUUGCGUGCUGUCCAAAAAUCUUAGACACGUACGACUACAUUAUGAAAGACACCAACGUCCAAGUGUGUUUCCCCCGCAAAGUAUCUGCUGACGCUCUCAGAGCCUUUGUUGAUUACCUUUAUAACGGGUCAUUAAACUUAAGUAAAUCUAUCCUCGACAGCAUGGAGUACCUCUCAGGGAUGCUGGGUUUGGAUGAUAUUCGUCAACUGUGCAAUCAAUUUCGAUUAGACUUAUUUAAUGAUUCCAAUAAUGUGCCUGACAAGACCAUUGUAACUGUUAGCCACUCUCAGAAUACUUCAGGGCUCCAUCUUUCUUUGUCGAAUCCCCCAGCCACACCACCGCCACCUAUAAUUCGCCUCUCAUCACAAACGACUUUGUCUGCAAUGUCCACGACCAAUAUACAGAUGCCAUCUUCUUCUCCACACUACCAAGAUAAUCGGAGAGUAAGCUACUCACAGAAAUCUUCAGAAAACAGAUUUAAUAUUUUACCAGAACAUUCUACAGAUUCUGAGGUUUUAAAUGUGAACUCAAUAAAGUUAGAACCAGAAGUUGAUUUGACGGUUGAUGAUUGCACGGAGGUGAAGCAGGAAAUCGCAACGUACCAAAACAGCGAAGAUUGUCAAUUUGGUUCUUGGUCACAGAUCGAUUCUCAGAGUGACGAUUCGUUAUCACAUCGUAAAAAGAAUGACUCUGUUAAUUUUGACAUCCAAACCACAGUUGAUCUGAGUGUAACGCCUUUAAAAUCUUUCACAAGUCAUUCACAAAAGACUGCUAGCCAUGAUGACCCCGACUUGCAAAGUGUCAUAACUAUAUCCCCUUCAAAUUCUCCACUUCACUCCCCGACUUCUGUCGAUUCUUCUCCUGAUGUCCAGACUUUUGAAGUAGAUUCAGAAACACCAAACCUAAAGACACAUCUGAACCCUUACCCUGUCGGCUUAGUUAUGGCUAACACACACAAUCUCACAUUAACAGAAAAUAAUAGGAAAAAAAGAAGCACUUUUGAAGAUUUUGAUGUAGAUUUUGAGUGCAAAAAGUCUAAAAUGGCACUUCAGUGAUAAUGAAUUUGUAAAUAAAGUUGUUGGUUGAAUA